UCUUGUUAGACUAAAAAUAAUGGAGCAAGAUUUAUAUGUGUUCGGUGGUAACUUUUCGGAAAUACGUUAUAAAAAUUUUCUAGAUUGGUUUGUACGAAUUUCUGACAUUAAAUUACAUUGGAAACAUGAACCCAGCUAUUUAAUUGCCCAAUUCGCGUUUAUCUUUGGAGCUGCUGUUACAGCAAUUCACGCAUUUUCCAAAUGCAACAGAUUUAGGUAUUUGUGGAUAGGAACUCUUCUACAUGGACUUGUUGUGGAAUCAAUGUCUUAUUUAGUACCAGACAUCGAUAAUUUCUGGCAUUCGCAGACGCAUGUUGUGUUUUUUGGACACAGACUUCCAUUGCACAUAAUAUUUUUGUAUCCUUGCUUCAUAUAUCAAGCAUCUGUAGCUGUAGCCAAACUGAAACUACCCAGAUGGGCUGAGCCUUUCGCCGUGGGUCUUUGCACAGUCCUAAUAGACAUACCAUACGACAUAAUAAGCGUCAACUUCUUGCAUUGGACUUGGCAUGAUACGGAUCCCAAUAUUGAAGAUCGCAUGUUCUGGGUACCAUGGAACUCCUACUACUUCCACGCCUGUUUCGCCGCCAGCUUCACAUUCUGGUUCCAUUUCAUCCCCAAAACGAUCUGCAAAAGCAAAGAUAAAUGGGAUUGCCAUAGUUUUUCAAACGAAAUGUUAAGCACAGCCUUUGCCAGUGUAUUAGGAACUCCCUUCGGCAUUCUUCUGUUCAUACCUAUAUAUCAUCCCUUGCACGAUAUUUACGGAGUGCACAGCUCCAUCACUUUCUCCAUAAUCCUUUUGAUUUUCCUUGUGGUAAUUGGGUUUGGUUGUAAGAAUAUCGCGAGGAAUGUUACGAAUUUCGCUCGAGUAGAUUAUUUACUUGUAACACAUCUAGUGUUGCAUUACCUAACAUUCUUAGUUAUACCAAUAUUUUUCGAUCCCAAGAAGGAAAUUUCUGUAGGUCUUAAAGAACCUAUUGGUCCGUGCGAUGAAGUGGUCUCUGUUAAAACAGCGUUUGGAAUGAUGUUACAGAAGAAGAAAUAUUUGUGCGCCAGGGAUUUCCAUGAAGGGUACUUCAAUUGGGAUUGUUUGAGUGAAGUCCCGGCGGAUGGUUCAAUUUGGUAUACCGCAUGUGGAGCGGCGUUGAAAAAUCCAUUAGGAAUGAUGUUUACAGUUGUCCUGAUGGAAAUUCUAGCACUGAUCGUCUUUAGGUUUUUGCAUUUUCAUUCUGUCGAGCAAAGAUCUAGCAAUUCACAAAAGAACAAACGUCGAUAAUAAUAUGAAACUGCUUUCAUCUAAAACAGAAAAUGUUAAAGAAUUAUCUGUAUUUGCUUAUUGGAAGACUUACUUUUUGCUACUGCAAAUUAUGUAAUGCUUGAUAUUUCUAGAUUUUGUUCUAAAUUCCAACAAACAUAAUUGAUUUGUCUUCGUUUUCUGCUUAUAAUUCAUAAGGAAAAUCGUCCUCAAGAAAAAUAUUAACAAAAGCUUGACAAUACUUCUAUAAAA